AUGAAUGAUGAUUCGACAUCUCAGAUUUCACUUAAUAUUUUUUCAUCACCUACUACAUCAACUUCAACAACAACGUCAACUUCAACAACAGCAUCAACGUCAUCAACAACAACGUCAUCAACAACAACGUCAUCAACAACGUUAUCAACGACAACCGCGUCAGAAUCAAAAUUUAACAAAUGGAAACAAAAUGCCAUCACUGUGGCUGGCGGAAAUGGAGAUGGACAAAAAUUAAAUCAACUCAAUUACCCUCAAGGAACCUUUAUUGAUAAAAACAAAAAUAUUUUCAUUGCUGAUUCUAGCAAUCAUCGUAUUGUUGAAUGGAAAUAUAAUGCAAAUGAAGGACAAAUCAUUGCUGGUGGAAAUGGCUAUGGAAAUCAAAUGGACCAAUUGUUUUCUCCAUUAGAUGUAAUUGUUGAUGAACAAAAUCAUUCGAUUAUCAUUAUUGAUUUUGGGAACAGACGAGUGAGUCAAUGGUUGAAUCAAACUCAGCAAAUUCUCAUUCACAAUAUUUCCUGUUGGGGCUUGGCAAUAGAUAAAAAUGGAUUUCUUUAUAUUUCUAGUAGUGAGAAGAAUGAAGUGAGACGAUGGAAAAUGGGAGAAUAUAACAACGAAGGAAUUAUAGUGGCAGGCGGAAAUGGAAAUGGAGAUGAACUCAAUCAACUCGAUCAUCCUACUUUUCUCUUUGUUGAUGAAGAGCAAUCUGUUUAUGUAUCAGAUAGGGAUAAUCAUCGCAUAAUGAAAUGGGGAAAAGAUGCAAAAGAAGGAACAAUUGUGGCUGGAGGAAAUGGUGAAGGAAGAAGUCUCAAUCAAUUGUCUUACCCUCAAGGAGUCAUUGUUGAUAACUUGGGUCAAAUCUAUGUGGCAGAUUCCAUGAAUGAUCGAAUAAUGCGUUGGUGUGAAGGAAAAGAAGAAGGUGGAAUUGUUGUUGGUGGAAAUGGUGAAGGAAAUCAACUAAAUCAAUUACAUCAUCCUUUUGGUUUAUCCUUUGAUGGCGAAAGAAACCUUUACGUUGCUGAUUUGAGAAAUCAUCGAAUUCAAAAAUUUGAAAUAAUUUUGUGA